CACGUGCAUUGCUUCAGCAUCUGCCCAGAAUGUGACAUUGGAGCAUAUAACUUGUUGCUAGAAUUAGAUUUCUUGGUCUUUAUUGAUACUCCCUUUCUUUGCUUCUUUUUAUAUAUUCGUUUCCUUCUUCCUCGAUGCUAUAACACCACAAGUCAGAGAUCAGUUCUAGAUCACCCUUGUACGUACCUUCGUCCUUCCCAUAUCAAAGAAGAGUUUGAGAUCAGAGCUGCAGUUUGUGCUCUUUCUAAAAAAAAAUCAAGAAAAAAAGAUGGCAGACUGGGGCCCGUGGUGAUAGCAGUGGUGCUGUUUGUGCUGUUGAGUCCAGGAUCGCUAUUCCAGUUUCCGGGGAGGAGAAGAGUUGUUGAGUUUGGGAACAUGCAGACUAGUGGAAUAGCGAUACUGGUCCAUACCAUCAUCUUCUUUGGUCUCAUAACCAUCUUUCUCGUUGUUAUUGGUGUUAACAUUUACACAGGAUAGCCAAUUAAAGCUUAAAAAAGAUCGUUCCUACUUUCUUUUCUCUUUUUUUUUUUUUAAUAUUUAAGCUAACCCCCUAACUCGCCCUGAUCUCUUGUAUUGUGUUAGGCGCUUUCCGUGGUUGUCUUGUUUGUUAAGGUUGUUUUGAUAGUGCCUGUUAUUGUGUGUCGCUCUGUAUUUCUUGUAAUUAUGCUUCAGCCAAUUGCCGACUAAAAGUUCUGAUUCUUGCUC